AUGCUUCCUCUCUUGAGCAAGGUGCUUCCUCUCUUCAUCAAGAUGCUUCCUCUCUUCAUCAAGAUGCUUCCUCUCUUCUUCAAAGUACUUCCUCUCUUCAUCAAGAUGCUUCCUCUCUUCUUCAAAGUACUUCCUCUCUUCAUCAAGAUGCUUCCUCUCUUGAUCAAGGUGCUUCCUCUCUUCUUCAAAGUACUUCCUCUCUUGAUCAAGAUGCUUCCUCUCUUCUUCAAAGUACUUCCUCUCUUGAUCAAGAUGCUUCCUCUCUUCUUCAAAGUACUUCCUCUCUUCAACAAAGUGAUUCCUCUCUUCUUCAAAGUACUUCCUCUCUUCAUCAAGGUGCUUCCUCUCUUGAUCAAGAUGCUUCCUCUCUUCAUCAAGAUGCUUCCUCUCUUCUUCAAAGUACUUCCUCUCUUCAUCAAGAUGCUUCGUCUCUUCUUCAAAGUACUUCCUCUCUUGAUCAAGAUGCUUCCUCUCUUCAUCAAGAUGCUUCCUCUCUUCUUCAAAGUACUUCCUCUCUUCUUCAACAAGUGCUUCCUCUCUUCUUCAAAGUACUUCCUCUCUUCAUCAAGAUGCUUCCUCUCUUGA